ACCUUGCGUACGCUACUCUCAUACGCACAAGCCCGAAGACUCCGAGGUGCUCCGCCGCCGCCGCAGCAACUAGCAGAAGAAGGAGAAGCAGGACUUUACGUAAUCGGAAAAUGGAGACGGCGAGAACAGUGAAGGACGUGUCCCCUCAUGAAUUUGUCAAGGCCUACGCCGCUCACCUGAAGCGCUCCGGCCGAAUUGAGCUUCCUGACUGGACCGACAUUGUGAAGACUGCGACAUUCAAGGAGCUUGCACCAUAUGACCCUGAUUGGUACUACAUUAGAUCUGCAUCCAUGGCAAGGAAAAUCUACUUGAGGGGUGGUCUUGGUGUUGGUGCCUUCCGCAGGAUCUACGGAGGGAGCAAGAGGAACGGCAGUCGCCCACCUCAUUUCUGUAAAAGCAGUGGCGCUAUUGCUCGUCACAUUCUUCAGCAAUUGCAGAAGAUGAACAUCGUUGAUGUUGACGCCAAAGGUGGACGGAAAAUCACAUCCAAUGGCCAGAGGGAUCUCGACCAAGUUGCUGGACGGAUCGCUGUCGCAAUCUAAGAGAAUUUCUUGAAAGACUUGAUUAUGGAUGCAAAACAAUUCAGAAAACUUUUUGCAGCUAUGAGUGAGUGAGCAGAUAUAGGAAGGAUUUUGACAUGUUAUGUUGUGUUUAGCAGUUUUAUGAUGAUGAACAUCGCAUCCUUCGUUUUUCGGUUUAAUUUUGAAGUGCUAAGUUGAAAUUGGCUUUCGCAAUUUUAAGUUUUGUUACUUGAACCCA